GGGGGAGGGUGGAGGAAGGGGAGGAGGAGGAGGAGGCGAAGGCCGGGUGCGGGGGGAUUUAAGGGCUCGCGGUCCCCCCGGCCCGGCCUCCUCCCGCCGCCCAGAGGGACGUGGGUGUAGGGACCCAAGUUAGUGCGGGUACGAGUGUGACAGCCCCCACCCCCGCUCUCUCCUGGCAGCACCCGCUCAGCACCGCAGGAUGAAGGCUCUGCUCGUCCUCCUCCUCCUCGCCCAGCUCUGCUCAGCAUCGCUGGUCCCGGAGAGGGAGAAGGACCCCGAGUACUGGCGGCGGCAGGCGCAGGAGACCUUGAGGAACGCGCUGCGGCUCCAGCGCCUCAACCAGAACGUGGCCAAGAACCUCAUCCUGUUCCUGGGGGACGGCAUGGGCGUCUCCACGGUCACGGCCGCCCGCAUCCUCAAAGGGCAGCUGCACGGGCAGGGCGAGGAGAGCCUGCUGGAGAUGGACAAGUUCCCCUUCGUGGCCCUGGCCAAGACCUACAACACCAACGCCCAGGUGCCCGACAGCGCGGGCACGGCCACCGCCUACCUCUGCGGUGUCAAAGCCAACGAGGGGACACUGGGGGUCAGCGCCGGCGUCACCCGGGACCGCUGCAACACCACCAAGGGCCAGGAGGUGACCUCCAUCCUCCGCUGGGCCAAGGAGGCAGGCAAAGCCGUGGGCAUCGUCACCACCACGCGCGUGACCCAUGCCACGCCCAGCGCCGCCUACGCCCACUCUGCCAACCGCGACUGGUACUCGGAUGGGGAGAUGCCCCCAGACGCCCUGGAGGGGGGCUGCAAGGACAUCGCCCGGCAGCUGGUGGAGAACAUCCCUGACAUCGAGGUGAUCCUGGGUGGAGGGCGGAAAUAUAUGUACCCCAGAAAUGCCAGUGAUGUGGAGUAUCCCCACGAGGAGAAGCAGCGGGGCACCCGCCUGGACGGCCGGAACCUGGUGCAGGCGUGGCGGGAGGCCAAGCCCCGCAGCAAGGUUGCUGAGUACGUGUGGCACCGGCGAGGGCUGCUGGCGCUCAACCUCACCCGUGUUGACUUCCUGCUGGGCCUCUUCGAGCCAGGGGACAUGAUGUACGAGCUGGACAGGAACAACGAUACAGACCCGUCCCUCAGCGAGAUGGUGUCCGUGGCCAUCAGGAUGCUCCAGAAAAACCCCCGAGGGUUCUUCCUGCUGGUUGAAGGCGGCCGCAUCGACCACGGGCACCACGAGGGGAAGGCGAAGCAGGCGCUGCACGAGGCCGUGGAGCUGGACAGGGCCAUCGGGCUGGCCACGCGCCUCACGUCCACCCAGGACACGCUCAGCGUCGUCACCGCCGACCACUCGCACGUGUUCACCUUCGGAGGCUACACCCCCCGAGGGAACCCCAUCUUUGGUCUGGCCCCGAUGCAGAGCGACGUGGAUCGCAAACCCUUCACCUCCAUUCUCUACGGAAACGGCCCCGGCUAUAAAAUCGUGGCGGGCGAGCGGGAAAACGUCUCUGCCGUGGAUUUCCCCGCUCCUCCUGCCCUUCCUCGGCCUCCUCCUCCUCCUCCUCCUCUGCUAAAGUGCCUCUCGCAAAUCACCGAGGGGGGAUUUAUUUUUAAUUCAUCCCCCCUUUUUAUUUUUCUGUGGACAGCAGCGCCCGGGAAAGAGGAGAGAGAGAGAACAGAGAGACUCAGCGGAGCAAAAGCAGCCGCCGGUGGUUUGGUGCUGGGAGCUGCCUCUGUAAAUACAUGGUUCCUUCCCUAUAAUUAGCAGCGUUCCCUGGCCUAUCCCAAACCCACUGCGGGAUUUGGGAUGGCAGCUGGAGCCUCGGCGGAUAAAACCCCCUCUUUGAGCGAAACGCCGUGGGGCUGGGUCCCAAAAUGCCUCUGUGGUCCCUUGGUUGAGGACUGACCCUGGUGCCCAGCUCGUCACAUGCGUGGAGGAGCCAGGGACCACACGAAGAUGGGAAAAAAAAUUAACUCAUCGGGUUAAUUUGUCCCUAAACUUGGGUUUUGUUGUCUCCUCAGUGA